AAGCAACGAAUGUGCCGAUAGAGCACUGAAUACCUGCGAUGAAAACGCGGACUGCAUCGAUACACAGGAUUCUUAUACCUGCCAGUGCUAUCCAGGCUUUGUCGAUGUUUCUUCUAGUGCCAACCUACAGCCUGGAAGGGUUUGUACGGUACAAACAACUUGUCCAAAGCAAAAAACAGAUCUCAUGUUUCUGAUCGAUGGAUCCGGCUCUAUCGGCUCAUAUGUCUUCAAAAAUGAGGUUUUACGAUUCGUCAAGGAAUUUGUGGAACUGUUUGAUAUUGGCCUGGAUAACACUCGUGUCGGCUUAAUACAAUAUUCGGACCAGAUUAGACAUGAAUUUGAUCUGAGUCAGUUUACCGACAAGGCAUCUGUUGUCAGUGCGCUUUCGCAGGUUCAGUACCUAACGGGCCUCACAAGGUUAGUACCAUAUUUCGUGGUCCAGUCAAACGUGAUAUCACUUUUCAUAUGCUACUUGCAAAUUUUUGUUAUGUUAGCGUAUAUAUUUGCGAUUCGCUGUACCCAGAAGCAGCCAUUAAUUAGCAGUCUAAUUGUCCGUCUAUGUAAUUGGCAAUUCCCAAAAUUUCAUAACUGCUUUGACCCAUGCUUAAUCAACUGA